CCCGCGCGGUGCCGUUGCCGGAUAGCUCAACAUGAACUUUAACUGUCAAGAUCAUUUUAAAAGUCAACAGAACAAUAUUUUUCCUUCUGAGAGCUGGCUACGGGAUUCUGAGUUUCUCCUGCAGUACUGUCCUAUUCGCUACCAUUUCCUAAACCAGGACAUGGAGCUAUGUUCCGUUCUUCACAUUAGGUGCUAAUGAAGUUAACUUGCUUCAUCAGUGGAAAUGCAGAUCCAUGAAAUUACAUUUUGUGCAAGUUGUCGUUAACUCUGUUGGCAAUGUCUAUGAUUUUAUCUGCCUCUGUGGUCCGUGUGAGGGAUGGACUCCCACUGUCUGCAUCUACCGAUUAUGACCAGAGCACAGGAAUGCAGGAAUGUAGAAAAUAUUUUAAAAUGCUCUCAAAGAAACUUUCUCAGCUUCCUGAUAGAUGUACUCUGAAAACCGGGCAGUAUAAUAUAAACUUUAUAAGUUCUCUGGGAGUAAGCUAUAUGAUGUUGUGCACUGAAAAUUAUCCCAGUGUCCUGGCUUUCUGCUUCCUGGAUGAGCUUCAGAAAGAAUUCAUCACUACCUACAAUAUGAUGAAGACAAAUACUGCUGUCAGACCGUACUGUUUUAUAGAGUUUGAUAAUUUCAUUCAGAGGACCAAACAGAGAUAUAACAACACACGUUCUUUGUCAACAAAGAUGAAUCUUGCUGACAUGCAGACAGAGAUCAAACUGAGACCACCUUACCAAAUUUCCUUGUCAGAACUUGGUUCAGCGAAUGGGUUUGCACAUUUGUCUGCAGCUGAAUAUAAGGGUACUGGUAAGAUAUCUGCAGCUCCUCAUCAGCGCUUGGAACCUGUGACUCUGCCAGGGAUUGUCUCGUUUGUGCUUAGCCUGUUAUGUGGGGCUUUGAAUUUAAUUCGUGGCUUUCAUGCCAUAGAAAGUCUUCUCCAGAAUGAAGGUGAAGAUUUCAGCUAUGUUAUUGCAUUUUUUCUUGGAACAGCAGCCUGUUUGUACCAGAUCCAGAGUAAAGAGUGUGUGAAUACCCCUUGAAAUGAUCAUGACACACUGUCAACAAUCACAGCUAGAGAUACGGGGGACUUGAAAUUUCAUUGACAACACAACUUCAUAAGAUGAAUCAAAAGUUAAGAAGACCGCAGACUUUCAUAAAGCAGAAAGCAAACUUAAACCCAAGUGUAUGGCAUGAAGAUAAUGAAUCUGGGUGAGGGGGUAAAAGGGAUGGAAGGUGGAGGGGGAAAGAAAGGUAUAACAGUGUGAUGCAACAGAAGUAUUUUGCAAACCAGGGAAGAUGUAAAGGAGCAAAAGUAUAGUACAAGGGCAGACUUGGCAGUUUUACAGAAGUCAAUAUACUAUACUUUUCAGAGAUGUUUCCUAGUGGAAGGGAGAAGGAAAGGGGCGAUGCCAUUUAAGCUCACGUUUAAAUGGCUUAAUGCUCGGGUUAUGCUCAGCAAUAUAGCAAAUUAAUUAAGACAGGCCCAUGGAUUUUCACUUAUUCUUGUUGAGUAGGAAAAAAUAAAUCACCACCACCAUAGUGCAAUCAUUAAGCUGUUUGUUAGUACUACAGUAAUUCUGCCCUGAGAAGAGUGGAAAAGAACUUUAUUAAGUGUCAAAAGAUUGGAGUCAUUUUUAGUGCUAGCCAAAUUCAAUAUCAAAACUCUCCCCUCAUAGAAUAUAAAAAAUAUAGCAUUUUUUAAAAUUCUUUUUUUUUUUUAAUAAAAUAUCAAGGGAUUUUUCUUUAAUGGUUAAAAAAGGUACAUAAAUGAUAACAGUGAACUAUUCAUAAAGCCCCCACUAGUGAUAAAGAUGUCCAAUACAAUAUCAAUGGCACUGCAUUUUAAGGUUGACCACCUCAUAUAUAUACACUUGCCAUCAUAAAGUUUUUUGAAGAUCACCUAAUUCCUGAAAAAUUGAAAAUCUGUGACUCAGUUUAAAUAAGUGCCUACUAUAGGAAAGUCAACUUGAUGCUGCAGGACAUAGUUCCUUGUAAUGUCAAAUGGCAGUUACAAUAUCAGACAACUCUCAUAUCAGCAGGAUUCUAUUAAGACCAUCUAUGAAAAAUCAUUUUUUUUAAACAAAAAGUUCAAAUGAGCUAAUUUUUUUUUUUUUUCUUCUUAUGAGAGCUCACGUUAGCAUUAGUUAGAAGAUUUGCUUAGAGCUCUUUCUGACAUGUUUGACAUGAUACCACCUCAGUAGCUAAAACUCAAAGGUCCUGUUUCCAUUUGUUAAGAUGCCACCUUCCGCUUGAACGCUGCAUGGAACAACUGUGUGACUACCACAUUUGGGUUUUUCCUCUUCUUUGGGGUUGUAGAAUUUUCUGGAUUUUCAUUUUAAAAUGCAUCUGAUUCAGCCUGGAAACUCACCUGUUUGUUGUUGGUUGAUCGUAUAGUGAUAAUCUGAAAACUGCCAAGUCUGUGUUCAGAGUAUUAUGCAGAAAAAAAUUACACAAAAGUCUACAGGUUAUAUACACCUCCCACCACACCUUGGUGUGGACAGCCUGCCUGCUAAUUUAUAUAUAAUUUACAAAAUAUAGAAUUUGGUAUAUCUGUUAGAUCUCCAUGUUUUCAAUAUUACAAAAUAAAAAAUACAAAAAAACCCACAACAAAUUUCAGGGGAGUUCCCCCCACAAAGUGUCUCUUGUUUACAUCUAGUCUUUCCCAUGUAAACUGAUAUAUACCAAAGAAGAGCACAGAAGACUUUUUAAUAAAUAUGGUUGUAGAGCCAUCAUUCUUUAUCUUGAUCUUCCCCUUCAUCAGAUGUGCCAGGCCCACUCAGAAGAGCAGUCAUUUAGCCAUGUAAAAGAAGGGAAAAGAAGGGGCCAGGGCUAGGAUGUCUUUUCACACUAAACCAUUAAUGAUGCCCUUCUAAAAGGCCUUUUUGUGUGCUGCAACAGUGGGUGUCAAUUUUGAAAGCCAUUCAGAACAGCUGAUAAAAGCACAGUGGUACACUUCAAAUAGCUGGCAGUAUGGGAUGGAAACAUUAUGGGAGUGCAAAUCCAUUCCAAAAAAUAAUGCUUUGUAGUGAAUCAUACAUUCCUUCAACCAAGUAAAUGUUGUGUUGCGUCAAUAAAUACUUAAAUAGCUUCUUAGAUCAUUCUGUGGUAGCAGCCUUUUUAAAAAACUCCAAAUUCAUGUCUUAUCUGUG